UUCUUGAAUCUGUUAAAAUCAUGAAAUCUCCAGAAAAAAUAGAUGUGCCAGAAGCUCCUCCGAUUGGUGGAUCCUUUGACCAAGCAGAAUUGCUCCAGAGACUGUUGAAAUCAGGGAUCCUCCAGCUAUGUUAAACCUCUCAAAAUCUCCUCUUUUUGAUGGAUCCUCAGAGCAGACAGGAAUUGCUCCUCAAACACCUCGUCGGCACUCACCUCCCCUUGUUGGGGGAGAACAAACAGAAAUUGCUCCACAAACACCUGUACCACACUCAAAAUCAGUGAGACGAUUGGAGAGCCCUGAGUACCUCAAAUGUGUCAACUUAUUUGAAGUAGGACAUGCAAAUUUGGAUCCUACUGAAAGUAUAGAGAAAGAAUCUUCUCUGAUUGAAAUUGUAGAAAAAGAGGGUUCCCUGAGCAAAGAUGUUCUUGAUCUCAAUCUGGAGAUACAUUCAAAUGAAGAUGGUAACCAGGAACAGGAUGGAUGGUCAAUAAGAACCAGAAUGGUGGCAAAGUAUUUGCAGAGAAGUUUUCUAGGUCAAGCGAAAAGAGGAGAGGAGGAAACAGUGAGGUUAACACAGCUUUGGGAAGGAAGAACAAAGAAAGAAAGCGUGAGGCUCUUUUAUGAGAUACUGGUGUUGAAAACUAAAGGACUUGUGGAUGUGAAGCAAGAAACUGCUUUCGAUGACAUUCUUUUCCUGCAAGCUCCUCAGUGGGACCAAACUUGCAGAACUGAUGGGAAGUAGAACUGCUGGAGGAUCUAUUUGUUAAUUGCAAGCAGCAGAAUUAGUGUUUUGAUCCUAACCUAUGUUAAAUGAGUUAUAGUGGUAGUCCCUUUGUAAAUUGAGCAGUUCUGUAAAUGUUAUCAACUUUAGCUGAUAUAGGAAUGACACAUGUUCUCAUUAGAAAAGAACAAGGAAAAGAGGAUGUAACUAAUUUUUCUUUUUUUCUUUUUUAGAUAGGGUUUUACUUUGAGAGCUUAUAUUAGUGAUUUGAUUAACUUAAUCA